UUCGUACGCUAAAGAAGUAGUAAGCAAAUCGUUUUUUUGCCGGCUUUUCUAAAUAAACAAAAUGAAAAAGAACGGUGGUGUGGCGCCCUCGGCUUUUACAGAUUGAGCGGCCAGUGUCGAGGAAGCUACGCAGAGGCGUAGGGUAUACCUUUUAUUGAUUAAGGACGUCGGGGGUUGUAAAAUCAAUAUCAGUAACGAAACCGGUAGCGUGAUUAUAAACGGGUAAACCUUUUAAUACAAUUCUAUCGACUUUUAUUAGUCUGUGAAUCUCGUCCAGAUGAUUUACAACAUUCGCCCAAUCAAUUAUUUUACGCGAAUCAAGAGACAAAAUGUGUGAAGAAUCCGCAUGUUUAGUUCCCCCACUGGAGCAAUCACAGAACGGAAUCCCCGAACCUCGGCUGUCGUCGACGGGCAGUGGGGUAGGGGUCGGAAUUGGCGGCGAGGCGCUCGUUGGGUUUCACGAGGAUGCAAUUUCUCAAGCUGCGGUUGGAAGAGCACAGCUACUGCUAACGUUGGUCCUGGGACUGGGACUGGCGGCGGAGUGUUCCGAACUGUCCAUUCUGUCUUUUAUUUUACCGUCGACGGAGUUGCAACUGUGCAUUGAUGAACAUCGGAAAGGAUGGCUAAUAUCGAUCACGUUGUUAGCCUUGGCCGCGGGAUCGUUGGCAUGGGGAAUUUUGGGCGACCGAUUGGGACGAAGAAGGGCUCUGGUAAGCGCGUUGUCUGUUGCGGCGUUGUUUUCGGCCGUUGCUGCAGUUAUGCCCACCUAUGGGACGUUCAUGACGGCUAGAUUUUGCUCGGGCCUUGGAGUUGCCGGCGCCGUUCCCUUAACGUUCAGUUACCUAUCAGAAACUUGCCCAAGAGCGACGCGCACAAGAUACACGGGAUUGUUGCACUCAUUUUGGCCGUUAGGCGCAUUAUUUACUUCGACAAUUGCACAUUUAACCUUGCCAAGCGAUGGAGCAGAAGUAGUUUUAGAUAAUCGCGAACAUUGGAGUUCUUGGCACAAAUGCCUUAUAUUAAAUAUCCUUCCGACCAUUGCAUGUAUAGUAGGUUUAGUUUGGGCUUCAGAAUCUCCAAGAUAUCUUUUAGAAGCUUCGAGAGAGGUAGAAGCUUUAGCUGUGUAUCAAAGGCUACAUAGAUUAAAUAAGGCGAGAACGCAGUAUGGAUUAACGGAGCUUGAGUUACCCGGUCGAAGCGCGUACAGAGAUAGGCCCGUUAGUCCAUCGAGAAAUGUUAUCUCGCACGGAUUAAGUACGUUCCGCGAGGCAUUUCAAAGAAUCUACUCGCCAUCACAUUUCAAAACGACACUUCUAUUAGCAACGCUACAUUUACUACUUGGAUUCUGCUACAUGGGAAUAUCAACGUUUUCCUACUCAAGAAUACGAGAAACCAACGAUCUGCACUAUUUCUCGAUGAAAAAGUACAUAAGUAAUCAAAACUACACCGAUGUAAUGUUUAACUCGACCGUUGAAAACGUCCAAUACAAAGAGUGUAACUUUGAAAACGUUACGUUUACGCAUUUACAUUUUAAUCACGUGGAAUUUGUCAAUUGCAUGUUUGAAGAAACGGAAUUCAACAACGUUAAAUCGUCCAUCACGUAUUUUGAAAAUAGCACCAUCAAAGAUUCGAGAUUUAUCGAUACUGAUUUAACCGAGCAGCACUUUUUGAAUUGUAACUUAAUAAAUAACACAGUUUUAUCUUUGCUGACGGAUUGUGUCGUCGAUUUUGACUACAACAUCUACCUGAAUGAUCUGUUUAAAGAGACAAUCGCGUGGGCUGGACCCAUGGUUCCUGCCCUUCUGGUAUUGGGAUUCGUUCUGGAAGCAACAUCAAGACCACCUGUUCUAGUACUUCUUUUAGUAUUAGCAAGUGUAGUCAGCAUUGGAAUUUUCUUCUUGGUCAACUUUGUGUCUACCGUCAUAGUAGAAGCUAUCUUUAAAGUACUUCUCAUUUGUGCUGUUAAUGUCUUAACCAUGGUCGUUAUUGAAGGAUAUCCGUGCCACCUUAGAUGUACUGCCCACGGAAUGAUGCGAAGUGUAUACCACCUAGCGUCCCUUUGUGCUAUUCCUAUCUAUGGUACGUUAGUGCAUACCAUCUUGUUGUUUCCCGCCGUGACAACCGUAGCCCUUGCACUUCUCGCCGCCAUGUUGUCUACAAGAAUCCAAGAUAACAGUAAAGUACUUUUAUAAACCGAUUAAUAAUAGUUAUUUUUUUAUUUCUUAUAUAUUUUUACCUAGUAUCUGUGAUAUUAUUUACUUAACGGUAAGAUUAAAAAUAAAUGUACCUCCUAAAUGUCCUUAGAUGUGUAAUUUGAACCUAUAGUUUCGUUAGCAAUACAUAGAUCAUUUAAUAAUGUACCUAUAACUACUACAUCUGCAUAUCAUACAGCCUCAAGCACAAGAAAUCAUGUCAAAUUAUAAACGAUAAUUCUGAA